CAAUCUCCGGUUGGUGCUUGUUGGUGCUUGUUGGUGAAAUCAUUUUAUUUAAACUGAUCACCUGAGCAGAAAUGAAGCCUUUUAUCCCCACGCUCCAAGGCUUGGUGCUUAUGUCAUGUGCCCCCUGCCUGAUCGUCUCUGUCUCUGCGAUCCCCGCUCCCACGGCUUUAGUACAACUCAAUGAUAUUCACGACCCCCCCAAGGCCGCUAUUACUCCAUCCCCCAUUGACAAGACCCCUUCCCCCGUUGUCCAACGAGACAUUCUCAGUGAUGUCGAAUCCGACAUCGGCAAUGUUCUCUCAAGCCUCGGCUCCGAUCUUCCCACCUGGGUCGCCUCGGGAGUGCCCAACUUCUUCCAGGGCUUCCCGACCGGAGACGCAGUGGCCAGCUCCCUCGGACUAGAAAGCUCGGAUUUGGCAGCACUUCCGACCAACGUGCUGAACAUUGACCCGUAUGCCAAUUGGACCAGCUCCGGGUGGAACGUUCGCUUCCACGGCAACGUGUACAAACAGCCCAAUACCUCCGUCUCCGAUCUGAACAAGCUCGCCAAUGUCUUCCUCGUCGAUACCAAAAUCACCGAUCUCCCCGAAUCCGAGCAGGACCAGGCACGCAACCUCACGGCCGAAAUCUUCGUCGUGCAGCAGCCUCACGUGGCGGUCAAUACCAUUCACCUCGAGCCGGCCGCGUCACAGGGAUCAAGUGGACAGGCUGGGGGCGGUGGAUCAUCCAACACCACGGGGGGCGUGCAGAAUGUGACUCUCCCCUACAAUACUACGGCCGAGGGUGAUUUCGAUACGUUUGUUCCAAUCAAGAGCAACGGCCUGAGGGCGGGCAAUCAAACAUCGGCGAUCCAGAGACUCAACACGUACGUCGAGGGCGCCUCCAUUGGAAAUGCCACAGCGUACCUGGUACCCCCGACCGGACUGACCGUCGUGUCCGACAUUGACGAUAUCCUCCGUGUUACCAAGAUUUAUGAGCCCAAAGAAGGUCUGCUCAACUCUUUCGCCAAGGCGUUCACGCCGUGGGAGAAUAUGCCAGACAUCUAUCGGAAUUGGUCGAUCAGCCUUCCGAACAUGCAUUUCCACUAUUUGACUACUACCCCCGAGCAAAUCACCAGAAACUACAUGCAAUUUAUCUACACCAAUUAUCCGGGCGGCUCUUUUGAUACCCGACCUCUCAAUUUCAGUGAUGUCUCCGCCACGCUUUCGAUCCGCAAGUUCCUGCUGCAAAAGAUUUUCGAAACGUUCCCCGAGCGCAAAUUUAUCCUGAUCGCAGACACCAGUAACAGCGAUGUGAUGCGUGACUACCCCGAAAUGGUGACGGAAUUCCCGGGACAGGUGCAGUGCAUCUUCCUUCGCAACACCUCUGCCACCGAUUCUGGGGACAAGUUCCCUUACGAUACCUCUGGUUUCAAGAAUCUCUCCCAGUCUCAGUACAUGUUCUUCCUCAACCCGGAUGACCUGACCAAUCUGGACAUCGCGAACGGAGAGUGCUAUAAUAAGACGAUUCCUCAGAACCUGACGUUUAGUUACCAGGGGCUACCAUUGGGUCUAGGAAAGCAUUCUGGGGCCGGUGGCGGGUUGUCAUCGAAAGAAGCAGUUGGCGCGAGCAGCCUUCUAGCGUUGGUGGCCUCGAUCCUCGCUUCGGCUUUCAUUUUCCUGUAGUGAUCAUCCAUAGUGACGACUGAUGUUUUUCAAGACCCCUUGCCUCAUGAUCCCUUUCAUGGCUAACCAAUGGAAUAAUCGACGAAUGAGCUUUGCUCCGUCGGACAU